CACUUGUAAAGGGAUGGAUGCAGCACAUGUAAAGGGAUGGAUGCAGCACAUGUAAAGGGAUGGAUGCAGCACAUGUAAAGGGAUGGAUGCAGCACAUGUAAAGGGAUGGAUGCAGCACUUGUAAAGGGAUGGAUGCAGCACAUGUAAAGGGAUGGAUGCAGCACUUGUCAGUGUAGUCAAAGGGACGGAUGCAGCACUUGUAAAGGGAUGGAUGCAGCACUUGUAAAGGGAUGGAUGCAGCACUUGUAAAGGGAUGGAUGCAGCACAUGUAAAGGGAUGGAUGCAGCACAUGUAAAGGGAUGGAUGCAGCACUUGUAAAGGGAUGGAUGCAGCACAUGUAAAGGGAUGGAUGCAGCACUUGUCAGUGUAGUCAAAGGGACGGAUGUAGCACUUGUAAAGGGAUGGAUGCAGCACUUGUAAAGGGAUGGAUGCAGCAUUUGUAAAUGGAUGGAUGUAGCACUUAUAAAGGGAUGGAUGCAGAACUUGUAAAGGGAUGGAUGUAGCACUUUUCAAUGUAGGUAAAGGGACGGAUGUAGCACUUUUCAAUGUGGGUAAAGGGACAGAUACAGCACAUUUCAAUGUAGAUAAAGGGAUGGAUGUAGCACUUUUAAGUGUAGGUAAAGGGACGGUUGCAGCACUUGUCAAUGUAGGUAAAGGGACGGAUGCAGCACUUGUAAAGGGACGGAUGCAGCACUUGUAAGUGGAUGAAUGUAGCACUUUUCAAUGUAGGUAAAGGGACGGAUGUAGCACUUUUCAACGUAGGUAAAGGGAUGGAUGCAGAACUUUUCAGUGUAGGUAAAGGGACGGUUGCAGCACUUGUAAAGGGAUGGAUGCAGCACUUUUCAAUGUAGGUAAAGGGACAUGUGCAGCAAUUGUCAGUGUAGUCAAAGGGACAGAUGCAGAACUUUUCAGUGUAGGUAAAAAGACGGAUGCAGCACUUGUAAAGGGAUGGAUGCAGCACUCGUCAGUGUAGCCAAAGGGAUGGAUGCAGUACUUGUAAAGGGACGGAUGCAGCACUUGUAAAGGGACGGAUGCAGCACUUUUCAGUGUAGUCAAAGGGAUGGAUGCAGCACUUGUAAAGGGAUGGAUGCAGCACUUGUAAAGGGAUGGAUGCAGCACUUUUUAGUGUAGUCAAAGGGAUGGAUGCAGCACUUGUAAAGGGAUGGAUGCAGCACUUGUAAAGGGACGGAUGCAGCACUUUUCAAUGUAGGUAAAAGAACGGAUGCAGCACUUUUCAGUGUAGGUAAAGGGAUGGAUGCAGCACUUUUCAGUGUAGGUAAAGGGAUGGAUGCAGCACUUGUCAAUGUAGGUAAAGGGACGGAUGCAGCACUUGUCAAUGUAGGUAAAGGGACGGAUGCAGCACUUGUCAAUGUAGGUAAAGGGACGGAUGCAGCACUUUUCAGUGUAGGUAAAAAGACGGAUGCAGCACUUGUAAAGGGACAGAUGCAGCACUUGUAAAGGGAUGGAUGCAGCACUCGUCAGUGUAGCCAAAGGGAUGGAUGCAGCACUUGUAAAGGGACGGAUGCAGCACUUUUCAAUGUAGGUAAAAGAACGGAUGCAGCACUUUUCAGUGUAGGUAAAGGGAUGGAUGGACGCAGCACUUUUUAGUGUAGGUAAAGGGAUGGAUGCAGCACUUGUCAAUGUAGGUAAAGGGACGAAUGCAGCACUUGUCAAUGUAGGUAAAGGGAUGGAUGCAGCACUUUUCAGUGUAGGUAAAAAGACGGAUGCAGCACUUGUAAAGGGAUGGAUGCAGCACUUUUCAGUGUAGUCAAAGGGACGGAUGUAGCACUUUUCAAUGUAGGUAAAAGGACGGAUGCAGCACUUGUAAAGGGAUGAAUGCAGCACUUGUAAAGGGAUGGAUGCAGCACUUUUCAAUGUAAAUGAUGAAGACUGGUAUCUGUGGGUGCCUAUUUAUGGAAUUCCUGGAUUUCUGGCAACUGUUUUAGUCUUCAAACCACAAGCUGUUUCAGAAAGUGGCCUGUGGAAGAAACUGUCUGUGAUGACCUUGGCUUUCUGUCUGAGCUAUUUGCUGUACCAGGUGGUUCUUUUGUUUCAAGUCAUUCGUGGUCAAAUACAAAAUCCGCUCCAGCAUGAGGAAGGAAGGGAAAUGGCCGGACUCCUCAUUAUUAUCACAUGGCUCAUUCUGUUUAGAUUCACCAAUAUUGGAAGACAAGAUGUUUCUCCAACAAAUAAAAACCUGAUGAAUGUGUUAUUGUUGCUAGCAGGAACAUUGGCAUGUGUACCUAUCAUCACUUGGUCAUUGUGCUUUGUGGCUGAUUGGCAUACAAAACUGGGUCAUUGCACAGGAAUGUUUUGAGAAAUAUGUACAUUUUAAGAAUGAAAUAUGCUUUUUAUAAUAUUGUAUGUAGCCCAGUGGUAAAGUGCUCACUGGAGGUGCGGUCUGUCCAGGAUUGAUUUCCUUCAUUGACCUAUUUUUCGUUCCAGUCAAUGUACCAUAACUGGUAUAUGAAAGGCUGUGGUAUGUGCUAUUCUGUCUAGGAUGGUGCAUAUAAAAGAUCCCUUGCUACUAUUGGAAAAAAUGUAGCAGAUUUCCAAUCAAAUAAAUAAAUCAAUGUGCUUUAGUGGUGUUGUUAAACAAAAAAACGUUUUUUUACAAUUUAUUUCUGUGUUUGAGAUGGUCAUAAUAGCUGUAGUAUGCACAUAGCUGUAUGUAAUGAGGCAUCAAUCGUCCAGAAAAGAUGACUGGUACACAGUGCCAUUUUUGGUUGUUUGCCUUGCUUACUGAAUGAAUUCCCAUUGAUCAACAGUGUGCCCUACUCAGGGGCCUAGCUUCCAUAUACGCAGGUAUGCAGCUGCGUACCACCUGAGAUUACAAAUGGUUUUUUUAAUUAAAAUAUAUGAUGUAAAUGGGUGUGUGUAUAUGCGUUGUAUUCCAUCGCCGAAAAAGUCUGUGUACCACCUAAAAAUCCCAAGCUAGGCCCCUGCUACUAGUUUUCGUCAUACACGUGGAUGCAUGGUCCAAUCUUAUCAAUGAAAUGAAAACAAUUUUAAAACAUUCCAUUUAAUAGAAUUCCCUGGUUUAUAAAAAGAAAUAUUUUACUGUGCAAUAUUAAUUAUUAUUUGUCAAAACUAUAAUAUGUGUGUAGUGCAAUAUGAAAAUUACACUAAGGUGUGAUUUUAAAUAUACUAAAACGCAAAAGAAACGCAGGUCCUGAAAAUGCGAAAGAAUUGCACUUUGUAAAGCAGUAUCUUUGGUGGAAUUGAACCUCAACUGUGUUAAAGGACAUGGCACACA